ACAAAUAAAAAAAAACUACAUUUCCCAGAAUGCCAUGGCCUGAUUUUGACGCACAUUUUGACAUAAAUACAUCCUGCCAGAGUUCGACCGUUAAUGUGUUGCCGAAAACCAGUAAAGGAGGCGUGUGUGCUACUGCUCUGCGGGGUCGUUUCCCUAUUAACGUAUAACCAAAUACACAAUAGAAACCUAACCGACGGUGGUUCAGUAACGAUGGCUGACGGAGACAACAAAAGCGCAAAUAUGCUAGCUCAGGAAACGGCCCAACUGGAGGAGCAGCUGCAGGGCUGGGGUGAAGUGAUCCUGGCUGGGGAUCGCGUUGUGCGCUGGGAGAAGCCUUGGUUCCCUGGAGCUCUGAUGGCUGCCUCCACUGUGAUCUUUCUGCUGAUUUACUACCUGGACCCAUCAGUGCUGACUGGGCUCUCCUGCGCUGUCAUGUUGCUGUGCCUAGCAGACUACCUGGUACCCACACUCGCACCCAGAGUCUUUGGCUCCAAUAAGUGGACCACCGAGCAGCAGCAGCGUUUUCACGAGAUCUGUGGUAACCUGGUGAAGACCCAGCGUCGGAUCGUGGGUUGGUGGAAGCGUCUCUGUGCCCUCAAGGAGGAGAAGCCUAAAAUGUACUUUGCCUCAGUGAUCAGCAGCUUGCUGGUAGUGGCCUGGAUUGGACAGCAGGUGCACAACCUCUUCCUCACCUACCUGAUUGUGAACUUCCUGCUGCUGCUACCUGGCCUGAACCAGCACGGGGUCAUCACAAAGUACGCAUCCAUGGCCAAGAGGGAGAUCAACAAACUGCUCAAACAGAAGGAGAAGAAGAACGAGUAGAUGGAAGUAUGAAGAGGAAGUCUCUGAAAGAUGAACCAUGACAAAAUGGAAUGGGAAGGAAAUAGUAUAAAGAGAGGAGAGCAACAAAGUAAAGAAAAAAAGAACCCCCUGGUUCCUCCGUCUCUGCCACAGAGCAAGACACCCUUUAUUCACACAUUGGAUAAGUUUAAUUUCUCUUUCACCAUUUGACAUUCAAACCCCACAUCACCUACUAGUUGUUUAUUUUGAAUUUAUCUGCCAUGCAUGCAGUCACCACAUGAAGUUAUCUGAUAUUGUCACUCAUUUGUACACAGCACUGAAAGUUCAACAACACAUGCUCCCUGGCCCCAUACACAAUGUUUAAAACCCUCCUUCUGUUCAGGUGUGCUUCAUUUUAA